UAUAUCGAUUUAUGCGUCGAGAUACCGCUCCAAAAUGCCGAGCGAAGAUACAUUUUGUAAACAAAUGCGAAAAGCGACAAGAGAGAUUCAUAAAAUCAGUGACUCUUUAGUGAAUGCAAAAUUAGCAGUUGGUCUUUUUGAUGAUUCCGUGUGGGCAGAUGGCCUGCUGAUUUUUUAUGAAAUAUUUCGAUAUUUGGAAUCCGCUAUGAUUAGAUGGAAGCAUACCAAUGUAGGAUUAUUUUUAAUCGAUGACCUAUCUCGCACAAAAGCUUUUGAGAGUGAUCUUGAUUAUUAUUUAGGAAAAGAUUGGAGAAAAGAUUAUACCCCUAGGGAGAGUGUUGCUAAAUAUCUGAUGCACUUGCAACAAAUAGAAAAUGAGGACCCAACAUUACUAAUAGCAUACAUUUAUCAUCUGUAUAUGGGACUUCUGAGUGGUGGAAUCAUUUUACGUAAAAAAAGGCACCUUAUGCAAAAGAUUUUCCCACGAAAAGAAUCUCAGACAGAUGGUAAUAAUGUAACAGACUUUCCAAAUAGUAAUAUAUAUGAACUAAAACAACGCAUGCGGGAUACAAUGAAUAAAAUUGCAGAAACCUUAGAUGAAGAUAUGAAAAAUAAACUUCUUGAAGAAAGUAAACAGGUCUUUGUUUUAAAUAAUGAAAUUAUUAAGAGUGUGAGAGGUGUAGGUAAUUCUUUGUUAAAGAAAGCAAUGUAUUUUAUUAUUGCUGUUAUGUUGAUUCUUUUUGUUUAUCUUAUUAUUUUCAAGUAAUAUACUAGAUUUUUUACAUCUGUUACCUAAAAUAAUAUACAUAAGUUCAGCAAUUAUACUACUUAGAAAAUAAAUUUCUAUUUUACAACAAAUAGAUCAGGGUUUUAAACAUUUUAUGUACAUAUGAUGCCAUUAAAAGUUCAAUUCGUUAUGUUAAAUAUAGGUACUUGUAAAAUUAAGAGAUGUAUAAAUUGUAUGUUCCAAUACUUUUUCAUGUUAAAAACGGUUUUUUAUAGCCAUUUUUUGUAGCAUAUUUUGUAAAUAUAGAAAAUGUUUAGUCCUUGUAUAUUCGGGAUA